AUGAACGGAGACGGAAGUAUCAUUGCGGUUGGAAGCAGCACGUUCCAUGUGGUCAUCGAAUUCAGUGGAACCGAUUGGGUUCAGAGAGGCAAUGCUAUCUCAUGUCCGCUGGACCAAAAUGGCAUGGCUGCAAGCGCAGUGGCGAUUUCGUCGAAUAGACGCUUUCUAGUCACGGCCUGCGCAGCUGACGAUACGGCCGGGUUGGACGCUGGCAUUGUUGGCGUCUGGGAAUACAUCAAUAAUGGCUGGAGUAACCGCCAGGUGUUUAGUGGCGAAUCUCCUGGCGAUCGUUUUGGACAAAGUGUUGCUAUAUCUUACAAUGGAGUUCUACUGGUGGUUGGAGCUCCAUACCGCACCGGGAAUGAGACGGAAGUAAGUGACAUCGAAGGUUUUGGGUGGUCUGUGGCCCUCUCCAACGAGUGGCAGCGAUUGAUUGUGGGGGCCCCUGGUGAUGAUUCUAGCGUUGCCUUCAACAUUGGGCAAGCGUUUGUGUUCGAAUUUCUUCCAGUUCCGAUCCGUGCAUAUCUUGCCACCAGCAGGCCAUUGGAGGCAGAGGGACUCAGCGACCUAUUUGGGUACGCAGUGGCUACCAAUGGCGACGGCUCAAUCUAUGCCAUCGGAGGUCCUGCCAACACUGGAAGAUUCUCCAUCUAUAGUGGCCAUGUGAGAGUGUUUAGGAGAGGCGGUGAAGAUGAGACAUUGGUAAAAAUGGGGAGUGACAUUGAUGGACCGGAAUGA